AUGUUUGCUGCAGCCACUAAGAACUUUGUGAAGCAGGUUGGGGACACCGGGAGUUUGAUCCCCGUCCCGAGCCUGAGCGAGGCCGACCGCUACCAGCCCCUCAGCCUGGUCACCAGGAAGAGGAAGAGGCAUUUCUGGAAGAAGAACAAGUACGCCUCGACCCCCUUCUCACUGAAGGACAUCCUGGUAGGGGAGAAAGAGAUCACAGCAGGAGUGUCUUCUUAUCAGCUCCUCAACUACGAGGACAAAUCUGACGUCGCCCUCAAUGGCCGUUUAGGAAACCACCUCAUCAACGACGUGGGGUUCAACAUCAGCGGGUCAGACUCUGUAGCCGUCAAAGCCUCUUUCGGCAUUGUGACCAAACACGAGCUGGAAGUUCCCACCUUACUGCGAGAGCUCAACUCCAGGAAAGUGGACCUGGACCACUGCCUGGUUCGUCAGUCUAAGGAGAGCGGUCGGACCAUUCUCUGUGUGGUUGUGGAGAGCAUCCGCACCACACGCCAGUGCUCUCUGACCGUCCACGCCGGGAUGAGAGGGACCACCAUGAGGUUUCAGAUCGACGACGGCAGGAAUCCCAAAGGUCGAGACAAGGCCAUCGUCAUCCCGGCCCACACCACCAUCGCCUUCAGCAUCUGCCAGCUGUUUGUUCGACUGGACGGGCGACUUGAUGUCUGUGUAGCUCCGGAGUCUCAAGGUGGAUUUGAGCGGGAGCAGAUCAGGGAGCAGCUCGAAAACCAAACGUUUGAGGAGCUCACCCAGUCCGACACAUACAUGGACGACAUGGUUACCGACUACUACGAGAAGGCCGCCAGCAUGACGGACGUGUCCACUACCUACCUGAGAGAAAGCUCCCACACACGGGUCAACCUCCUCAAACACAACAUCCCCAAGGGGCCCUGCGCGCUCUGCGGCAUGGGCAACCAGAGGCGGGAAACUGUUUAUGGCUGUCUGGAGUGCACAACCGGGGGCCAGAAAUACGUCCGGCUGCAUGUUGUGCCCUGUUUCGACCUCUGGCACAAAACGCUGAGGUGA